GUCACAAGCAGAAAUUUUGUGGCAGAAAUUCUAAAAAUUGUUUUGAUCAAAGAUGUGCAAAUUAUCAUUUAUCUAGCCAAAUAACAAAAAACAGUCAUGUGGAAGUGUUCAAAGUUCAGUAUUACGUGUUGUAUUUCCUCAAAUAAACAUAUUAUGUAAGAAAAAGAAUGGCGUCUACAGCUUUUAAGGUUCAGAACAUUUUUUCGGCCGCAUCUCGAGAACGGUGCCUGAAAAACUUUAAGAAUAUACGUGUUCCUACGAUAUCUAAAUCAAAUAUCGAUUUAAAGUCACUGCCCACCGCUGCUGUAUUAGUACCACUGUGUAGUAUAGACAGUUAUUCCUCAUUACUAUAUACUGUGAGAUCAUCAAAUCUGAAGAGCCACAGCGGACAGAUUUCUUUUCCGGGAGGGAAGACAGACAAAGGCGAAACACCUAUCGAAACUGCCUUAAGAGAGACCGAAGAAGAAAUUGGAUUACAUCGAGAAAAUGUUGAGGUUUGGGGGUACGGACCGUCAUUUCCGGGGAGGAACAAUCAAAUAAUGAUUACUCCAGUUAUAGGCAGCAUAAUGGAUUUAAAAGAAGAACACUUAAAUAUUAACAUAAACGAGGUGUCAGUAGUGUUUGCAGUUUCAUUAGAAACAUUGUGCAACCCAAAAAAUCAAUUUUAUACCCAAUUUCAAAAUGGAUAUAUCUUACCUGUGUUUAUGGCUAAUGGUUAUAAGAUUUGGGGAUUAACUGCAAUAAUUACGCAUGUGUUUCUUACUACAUUGUUACCAAAAGAUGUUUAUUCAAAUGAUUGGAGCUCGAAAAAGAUUAAGUUAGAUAAGAAAAUUUUACCAAUGACUAAUUAAAACAGAAAUUUUUUA